AUGAAGUGUCUCGUUAUUGUGCUGGUAUGUGCUGUGCUCGCUGAGGGAAUCCACAGGAUCCCUCUGGUGAAGCAUAAGUCAAUCCGUGAGAGAAUGAUGGAGAAGGGAGAACACCUGCCCUACCAAGACCCCGCUCUCAAAUACUUUCCUGACGAGUUCGCUGGCUCCACCACCAUGUACAUCAACAACUACGCCGACACCACCUACUAUGGAGCCAUCACCAUCGGUACUCCCCCCCAGUCCUUCCAGGUGUUGUUUGACACUGGCUCUGCCAACCUGUGGGUUGACUCUGUACUCUGCAACACUCAGGCCUGCAACACCCACACAAAGUUCAACCCCCAGCAGUCGUCCACCUACUCAGCUAAUGGGGAAACUUUCUACCUGCCCUACGGAACCGGCAGUCUCAGUGGAGUCUUCGGAUACGACACCGUCAACGUCGGUGGUAUUAUCCUCACCAACCAGGAGAUUGGUCUGAGCACUGACGAGCCAGGUCAGACCUUUGUUGUGGCCCAGUUUGAUGGUAUCCUUGGCCUGUCCUACCCUUCCAUCUCAGCCGGACAAGAGACUCCCGUCAUGGACAACAUCAUGUCACAGAACCUUCUACAGGCUAACCUGUUCGCGUUCUACCUGACCAGGGACGGCCAGCAGGGCAGUGAGCUGUCGUUUGGAGAAGUGGACAACACCAAGUAUCAGGGUCAGAUCUACUGGACCCCCGUCACCUCCCAGACAUACUGGCAGAUCGGCAUCCAAGGGUUCCAGAUCAACGGUCAGGAGACAGGGUGGUGUGGGCAAGGCUGCCAGGCCAUCGUGGAUACAGGCACCUCCAUGCUGACUGCACCCAGACAGAUCAUGGGAACCCUGAUGCAGUCCAUUGGAGCCCAGCAGGACCAGUACGGACAGUACACAGUGAACUGUAACCAGAUCAACAGCCUGCCUACUCUCACCUUCACCAUCAAUGGAAUCAACUUCCCCCUGCCGCCAUCUGCAUACAUCCAGCAGACCAACCAGGGUGGGUACCAGUUCUGCUUCGUGGGGAUCAUCCCCACCUACCUGCCGUCCCAGAACGGACAGCCCCUGUGGAUUUUGGGAGAUGUUUUCCUCAUGCAGUACUACUCCGUCUACGACCGCACAAGCAACCAAGUGGGCUUUGCCACCGCAGCCUAA